CUUGUUAACUGUGUUUGCGCUAUUUUCAGAAAUGCUGCCCUCAUGCUCGUUGAAGUAUGCGUGUAUUCUUUGAGUCCAUUCGAGAUAUUUAUGGAGAGUUACUACACACCGCUUUUUUCGUGGCACUCUUCUGGACUGCCGUAACUAUUCUCGCUUUUGUCGGCCGGCGACUUGUGCUUUUCCUUAGUGCUCCAACGCGAACGUCAGAUAAUGACAGGACACGAGAUACCACAUGCCAGACUUCUUCAGACAGUAGGGUUUCUGGAUCAACUGCCCUGGAGUCGCCAUCGUUUCUUUCGAGCAUUUCUGGCCGUUUUCGUUUCAGCCCUCCAAUGGUCUUAGCUCUGUUCGAUGCACUUGCCACCAUGGAAUUGUGUGCUUGCAGUUUAGAAUGCUGGCCUAUCCGCGCUGUCGCCGGCCACCAUGGUCUAUUGGCUGCUAUCGGAAUGAACACCAUUCGAGGUGCCACAUUCACCUGCAUGGAUGCCUACGGCAAUCCAACAAAUCCCUGGUACAGGUUUCUUGUUGGUCAAUCCGAUUUCACCUGGGUGGCCAUCACUUGGAUACUUCAGUUGCUCGGAGCCCACGCGGCCCUACAGUUGGCUGAAAUCUGGUGGUCCCUCAGACCUACAGUUCAGCAUGCUGCACGGCACCAACUGGCACUAACUCUUCGCCAAACUCCGUCGCCAGAAUUACCUCCUGUGAGUGCUCCUAUCCAAUCGGAUCUCCAAGUCUCACCGCUCUUCGGGUUUAUCGUUGAAGCUUUUGGAUCUUGCGUCGAGUUCUAUCUGGCUUUUAUUUGCUCCUGUGUCAUCGGGUGGUGGAAUCGCAGACGUGCAUUUCCAGAACCACCGAGUGUGGCUACAUCCUGUGCGGAUUCUCUCACGGGAGAGGUGGAAAACAUCCCUCAGUCUCGCAUACAGUUUAUUGGUUCUUUUAUUCUCCGGCUGUGCAUCAACCUUACAAUAACCUCCAAGUGCCUUGGCCUUACCGGAAACUAUAUUAAUCCGGCAAACGCAUUUAUUCAAUCCUAUGGAGUGGGAGGCGUCAGUACCCAAACUCACCUUCUCGUCUAUUGGCUCGGUCCGUUUUUCGGUGUCUGGUUGGCUGUCCAGCUACAACAUUGGACGGUAAAGUUCCUAGAACCAUCCAGCUUACAAGUGGAUUCCGACUGCCUUUUCAGCGAGACUUCCUCACCAUCCAAGCAACCUCCACUUAAUGGCAAACCUUGUUCUCCAUCUACUCCAUCUCCCGAUUCCGUUCAAUACGAUUCCUUUUGUUCAAGUGCCUCGAUCGAUGUAGGACCAUCCGGGACCUCCGUAUCGCAAAGAAGAUGGAGCAAACCAUGAUGAGAUGUGUUGCUCACCAUUAUUUUAUACCGACUGACUCGUUUGAUGCUUUUCGUAUUUUAAUUCCUGAACUACCGUUUUGUUUUGUGACAAAUGACCUCCCAGUCAACGUGAUGUGUCACAAUAAAAUGAUCGGUCG